AUGAUAAUAAUAACGAGUAUCGCCAGAGGUUACGUCCACGCCAACAUCAAAAUCCAAUUAUUUAAAAAAAUACAUGUUGAAAUUGGAGCACGUGCUUCUGGUAGUGAAAUAAAUGAUGAUCUAUUAAAUAUGGAAAACAUUGAAAUUCAGCAAAAUAUUCAAGAUCCUAUUUUAAAUAUACAGCAUGAAAAUGAUUUACCACCAAUUCCUGAAAUUGAUGACAAUGAAGACAGAAUAGGUGAUCCUAUGGUUCCAAAUAAUCAAGAGAAUUCACAGAAUCAGAAUGUAAAUGACAUGAUGGAAGAUAUAGUUGAACCAGUUACUGAUAAUGAAAAUGAGAUGAGUGAACAUCAAAGUGAAGAUGAGAGUGAAAGUGAAAAUUCUGAUGACGAAUCAGAGUCAGAGAAUUCUAGUGAUGAUGAUGAGAAUGAUGAGAAUGAAAAUUAUAAUCCUAAUGAACUUUUAUACCCCGAUGCUCCAUUAACUGUAUCACAGAGCAAUGCAUUAAUUCUUACGUUGUUAGUAGACCAUAAUAUCACUCAAACGUGUCUUAGAGAUGUUAUAAAUAUUAUAAAUUUGCAUUGUCCAAGUGAAGGAUUGAAAAAAAAUAGCGUAUACAAAUUUAAAAAGCAUUUUUCUUUGAAAAAAAAUGCAUCAAAACAAUACAAAAAACAUUACUAUUGCCCAUCGUGCUUACAAAACUUGAGUUCGGAAGAAGAUAUUUGUAAUAGUUGUGCAGCUGUGAAUAAUGAAAAGAAAAAUCCAUAUUUUAUAGAAAUUUCCGUUAAAAGUCAAUUAAAAGAAUUAUAUAAGAGAUAA